GGACGUCGACUUGACGGGAUUUACGCAGGCAAACAUGGCGGUGUAAGACAAGUGGAGGCUUGUUGCCAUGUGAAAUUUGUGCGGUAAAUAUUAUCUGUAGCUGCUGUUUUUCUGCGUAGAAUCCAAAUAGACAUCACGUUGACAUCACGCUUCACCCGGCGGCUUUGGGGAAUCGUAAUGCUGGCAGCGUUUAUUGGCAACGGUUAAAUCAGCUUCAAACGAGUGCGUAGUUCUGACUAGGGAGACCACGUUGAGCUGAUUUUUGUGAAUUAUGAGCUGGGUUCACCUGUUCAGAAAUGGCAAACGUUCAAACUCCACAGGAGAAGGUGGCAAAAACUCCUGUGAAGGCGGAACCUCCCCAGCUCUCCCAGAAGACUAAAAGCAUCUACUGCAUUUUGUGCCGUAGGUUUUAUUUGAAGCAUGAAGAACAUGUGCAUAUGCACAGCAUGCUGCAUCACAGAGAGCUGGAGUCAGUGUUGGGCAAGGAUUCCUUUCAUGACUGCCAGGCAUGCAAGGCUUCCUCCAUGGGUUUAAAUGAGUACGCUCAGCACAUCUCGACUGUUCAACACAAAGCCAAGUUAAAGAGCUUGAUGUCCAGAAAUGUGAAGCCCCUCUCCAUCUUUAAGACUCUCAGCACAGAAACUAUAACAUGGAUCUUGGAGAGAAACAAGACACUUAAGAAAAAGGAGAAGAAAGCAAUAAAAAAGAAAAAAAAGAAACUGAAGCAGGUAGCUGGUAUGAAGCGUGCUCAUACGUUGCAGGGAACCGCCGUAACAAAGGCUGGGGCAUCCAAAGUGGGAAAGCAGGGACAGUACAGACAGGUGCAGCUGAAUCAAAGCCAGGGUGCUCAGCACCAAGGAAGCAAUAAUGCUGUCUUCCAAAACAAGGAGAACAAAGUGUUCAGUGAGCAAAGACCUCCUCACAGCACAGAAUCAACUCUGCAUUAUCAAAGCAGGAGACUGGCUCCUAGGUCUGGAGAGCCUGCAGGUGAAAGGUGGUAUCACGAGAACAGUUCUCUCAACAAUCAGUGCAGCACAGUCAAAGUUGAGAACUCCCAAGUGGGCAGAUUUCACAAGACUCAAGUGGGUGCCACUGACUCCUGGCACCAGAUAACAAAGCCUGCUGUCAGCCAGUACAGCUAUCACAGCAGGGAGUAUGAUAGUGCAACAUACAGAGACUUCACCAGUGAUCACCUCCCUGAGAAUGGAGCCAUCAUCUUUAGUCCAAACCAAGGUGAGACUACAGGACAGGAAAGUUUACGCUGCUCAGCUCCACCUGCACCGGCAAACAAGUCUAUCAGCGCAGCUCCUAUACGAGACGUUGACGUCACUGCUGUGCUCAGGCAAAUCAGAAGAGAGCUGGGUGUGAGGGAGCCAUGCAGAGCAGACCGUGAAGCCCGAAGGCAGAAGAGUGAGGCCAGCUUCCAGGUGGCCGAUCGCACCACCUCACAGCAGAAUGGAACUGAGGUAGCACAGCCAGCAGGAAUCUCUGCUCCAACUGAAACACCUCAGUACUCUGAGAAGAGUUCAGGAGGUGCAGAUAGACUGCCAAAUAAUGGGAAUAACGCAUUUCAAGUGGCCACCGACAGCCUGACUUCUCCUAAAAGAAGUACUGAAAUGAAAACAUCCUCUGAGCCCUACUUAAACAAACCUUGUAAGGUCCGAGUUGCUCACAAAUCAGGUCAAACACAGGGGGAGAAGGAGACUGGAUAUAAAUCAACUACAAAGACAUUGCUUAGCUUAUCAGGGGCCAGGAGUAACCAGAACUUGAUUGCGAUGUAUGAGGAGGUGAAAAGGAAGAAAGCACAAGGCAUGCCAAGGUUUGGAAUCGAGUUGUCGAAUCGCUCAACUCGCCAAGAAAGCUCAGUCCAAGCACAGGACUUUGACCUGCCUCUGUCCGAAGGCUUCCACUGGGAGUCGUUUCCAGACUCUCUUUCAGGCCCAAACUCGAUUUUACCACCUCCACUCCAAGACACUGCUGAUCACACAGAGACUCAGUCAGAUUCUCAGAGUCAGGAAGCUUUGGGGCAGCCUGCUGCAGCUCAGGCACACAGCAGCAGCAGCCAGGCAGCAGCAACAAUCCAGAUGAAAGUGGAACCAAACUUUGAGGAAUUGAAUGCAGAUUUAAGAGGCGGUACUAGUGCCGGCAAGAGGAAACACAGCUUGGUGACGGGUGACGGUCUUUAUGACAGGGAGCCAAGUGGAAGAAAGAAGAAAACAAAGUCAAAUAAAGAUCAGGACCAAAUGGACCAGCUGUUGGCAGUGUCUUUGCGCGAGGAGGAGUUGAGCCAGUCGUUGCAGGAUUUGGACAGGUCUCUGGUCCAGGCCCGCAAUGCCCUGCAAGCUGCCUACGCAGAAGUCCAAAGAAUUUUGCUACUGAGACAGCAGUUCACUUCUGAGGUCAACAGCCUGAGAGCAAAGCGCAUUGAGAUCCUGCAGGGAAUGCAAGAGGGAUACUCAGGAGCAUCUAAUGUAGGAGUGAAAGCCACGACCUCACCAUCAGGGGGAGCUGCCGGUGUUCGGCCACCUUCCCUUCCUUCUUCAAGUCUGUUACCUGCCUCCUCAACUCGCCAAUCACCUGCCUCAGCCCCAACAUUAUCCAUCACCCCACCUCUUCCAGCUCCUCUUGCUCUGCCAGCUCUAGCAAUAAAGCAAGAAAUGUGCCAUUUGCCCACAGUUGGACAAGCCAGUCACUUUGCCACUGCAGUGCCUGUUAACACCAAUGCUGCUCAGGUCCCUUUGAACCAACCUGUAUCCUUAUUUCCCUCAAAUCUGCUCCCCCCUCUGCUGCUCCCACAAUCACACUUGGCUGCUCCCUUAACUGCAGCUGCUGGUGCUAAUCAGUCCAACGCAGAGUCCUCCACAUUUGCAAAUACCCGUACAUCUCUUGAGUCAUUUGUCAGGCAGCAGGAGCAAGAAACAAGAGAAGGGUUACAGGACUGUGCAAAGACAGUGAUGGUGGCCAAACAACCAGCGCAGGCUGAACGUAAUCCUGAGAAAGAGACUGAAGGGAAUCUUAAAGAAAAAGUCCCAACACCAGACACAUGUGUCCCUGAAAGGGAAAAAAAGCAACCUGUGGCAGAGGAUGCAGGGAACGAGAGCGACGAUUCUGUCGAAAUGAUUUGUCGCUCCAACAUGGAGGUUAUAGAUAUUGGUGAAUCAGACUGUGAGGAUUCACACGAAAAAGACGUAAAGGUUCCAGCGCAGCCCCAAGAGGCUCCUCGCUCUGAGAGUGUGGAAUUCAGCUCGGCAAGCACGCAAACAUCGGUUCAACAAAGUGAGGUCGACAGUAAAAUUCAGCCUUCGGCUUUGCAAGUGAAAGAUGGCAACACUCCUGCAGCGUCUGCUGACGAUGAAGAGCCGUUUUUGGGAGAGUUUCUAAAUCACGACGGCCCCGUCCACGGCCUGCAAGUCCACGAUGACGUCCUGUACACGUGCUCGGGGGACAACACGGCGCGGGCCUACAGUCUAGUGACGAGGGAGUGUCUAACGAUAUUUGAGGGUCACACAAAUAAAAUCAACUGUCUGCUGGUGUCAUCCAGCCCGAAUAUGCCGGCACGCCUCUACACUGGAUCCAGUGAUCAGACUAUUCGCUGUUACAGCAUAAAGUCUAAGAAGUGUCUGGAGCAGCUCUCCCUUCCAGACAGAGUGCUGUGUUUGCACAUAGCCUGGAAUAUUCUGUACGCUGGGACCGCCAGUGGAUCAGUCGCUAGCUAUGAUGUAAAGACUCUGAAGCAACUGGAUGUGUUUGAGUGCCACGGCCCACGAGGUGUGAGCUCCCUGGGGACAGCUCAGGAGGGCGCCCGCCGGCUGCUGCUGGUCGGAUCAUAUGACAGCACCAUCAGCGUACGCGAUGCCAAGAGCGGCCUACUGCUGCGCUCACUUGAGGGCCACACCAAGACUGUACUUUGUAUGAAGGUGGUGAAUGACCUGGUUUUCAGCGGUUCCAGUGACACAUCUGUACAUGCCCACAACAUCCAUACAGGUGAGUUGGUUCGCAUCUACAAGGGUCACGGUCACGCUGUCACAUCAAUUGUCAUCUUGGGGAAGGUGAUGGUAACAGCCUGUCUGGAUAAACUGGUUCGAGUUUAUGAGCUACAGUCCCACGACCGGCUGCAGGUGUACGGGGGUCACAGCGAUAUGGUGAUGUGCAUGGCUGUACAUAAAAGUGUGAUCUACACAGGCUGUUAUGAUGGCAGUGUUCAAGCUGUAAAGCUCAACUUGAUGAAAAACUACCGCUGCUGGUGGCAGAAUUGCUCUCUGAUCUUCGGCAUGCAGGACCAUCUGCUACAGCACCUUACUAAAGAUCACAGCAGCCCAGACCUGCAGACGGUAAAAUGUCGCUGGAGAGGCUGCAACAGUUUUUUUGCCACACAGCAUUCAGUCAGACAGGAGUUUCCUGAACACAUGCAGAGCCACGUGGAGAACGAUAGCAAAGUGCAGCCCUGACGGGACUGGUGGUAAAGUGAUGCAGCAAGCCAGGGUGGGGUGUCACGCAGGCUCACCUUUUUUUAUUACCAACUGUUUUCAUUAAAAGAGGCAACUUAGUGUUGAUCCCAUGUAAAGGUUUCUUUAUUAUUUUGAGCUUUAAUCCUUUAUCAUUUAUCUGCAGCUGUAACAGUAUAUUGUAGAAUGGAAAAAUGAAAGUAAAUUGAAGAGCCAAGAUUAAAGUCAUAAUUUAUAAAAACAGUUGGAUUUUCUCUGUUCUCAAAGUGGUAAAUUUUAGCAAAAACAAUUCCCAAAAUUACAACAAUAAAUGUUUGAAUAUUCUGAUUUUAAAGUCAGUGAUUUGCAAGUAAAGCUCUGAAAUUCUCUGAGAUUAAAGUUAGAAAAUUGGAUGUGCCGCAGUGGGGAUGAGAGCUUUGGUUUUCCAAAUCCAGCUAUCACAUCAUCUAAACUAGUAUGUUGCUUUCUUCUGGAUAGGUCCAGAAGCAGAGAUCCUGGAUUUCUUUCAUGUGUUGUUCUUGAUGUGAUCAUUACCAACCAUGCAUCUGAACCACCUUGAGUUUAUUCAAGUAGAAGCUUCAGUUCUCCUCCUUCUUCUUUUUAUUCAGCUUUGGCUGUUCCCCAUCAUACACUGACAUGGAUUAGUUUCUUUUGUUAACAUGAAAACCAAAUGUUAAUUUAUAACUUUUACUCAAAAUCAAGUAAAUGUUCCCCUGUGCGACUUUGUUGUACUUCACAUAUUUGAAACCAGACUUUCUGAAGAUUCUCCGGAGAUCUUGUAUAAUAAAAGUCAUACCUUAAUUUUAGUACUUAACACUGUACAGUAUGUAUUUUAUUUAGUUUAAUACCUAAUGUAGGGGUACAGCAAUAAAAUGACAACAAAU